CUCUGCCGAAAGCAGCGACCUGCUCCCCCGGAUUACAAAGAGAGGGUGGUGUUUCCCUGCGUGUCCUCCUCCCUCCAGCUGGCUCUCUGGGGGGUUUCGGGGUGCAGCGAGAUGGACAGGUCCUGCCGGGGGGUUGGAUUGCAUCUAUUACUGGUUCUUGCAUGCUGUCUGCUCCGGGAGCUCAGCUGGGUCCAUGGAACAAGAACAUUGUGUGACGAGCACCAGUUUCAAUGUGCUAAUGGACGUUGUAUUACUGAAGUAUGGAAGUGUGAUGGAGAUGAAGACUGUGCUGAUGGGUCCGAUGAAAGCUCAUGCGUAAAGAAAACCUGUGCAGAGUCGGAUUUUGUUUGCAGGAAUGGCCAGUGCCUACCAGAUCGAUGGCAGUGUGAUGGAGACCCAGACUGUGAAGAUGGAUCUGAUGAGACCUCAGAGCUCUGCCACCUGAGAACAUGCAGGGAGACUGAAAUAAGUUGUGGAGCCGUUUCUACGCAAUGCAUCCCCCGUUAUUGGCUGUGUGAUGGCGAAUAUGACUGUGACAGUAAAGUGGAUGAAGAGAACUGCCAGAAUGUGACCUGUAGUCCAGCUGAGUUCACUUGCUCCAAUGGUCGCUGUAUCUCAAGAGUAUUUUACUGUAAUGGCCACAAAGACUGUAGCGAUGGAAGUGAUGAAAUAAACUGCGCUGCUUUAACGUGUGAGGCUCAUGAGUUUCGGUGCAAGAACUCUUCCUGCAUACCACUGAGCUGGGUGUGUGACGAUGAUGCAGAUUGUGCUGACCACUCCGAUGAGUCUCUGGAACAGUGUGGCCGCCAGCCAGCCCUUCCUCAAAAGUGUUCACCCAGUGAGAUUUCUUGUGGCUCUGGAGAAUGCAUUCACAAGAAGUGGCGCUGUGAUGGUGAUGCGGACUGCAAGGAUAAGAGUGAUGAAAUAAACUGCCCAUCUCAAAUAUGUUGGCCUGACCAAUUCAAAUGUGAAGAUGGGAAUUGUAUUCAUGGCACUCGUCAAUGUGAUGGUGUGAGAGACUGUCUUGAUGGCACUGAUGAAAUCCGCUGUAAAAAUGUCAUUCAGUGUUCAGGACCUGGUAAAUUCAAGUGCAGAUCUGGCGAGUGCAUCAAUAUAAACAAGGUUUGCAACAAGCAGUAUGACUGCAAAGAUGGCAGUGAUGAGCCUGCAAAGGAAUGUGGUCUAAAUGAAUGUUUGGUCAAUAAUGGUGGUUGCUCUCACCACUGCCGGAAUCUGGUUAUUGGCUAUGAAUGCGAGUGCCCAGCUGGGUUUGAACUCAUUGACCGUAAGACAUGUGGUGAUAUUGACGAAUGCCAAAAUCCAGGAGUAUGCAGUCAAAUAUGUGUCAAUCUGAAGGGAGGCUACAAGUGUGAGUGCAGCAAAGGGUACCAAAUGGACCCAUUUACAGGAGUCUGCAAAGCAGUAGGUACGGAGCCAAGUCUCGUAUUCACAAACCGCAGAGAUAUUCGGAAAGUUGGACUUGAAAGAAAGGAAUAUAUUCAGCUGGUGGAGCGAUUAAGGAGUUCAGUGGCCCUGGAUGCUGAUAUCGGAACCCAGAAUCUGUUCUGGGCUGACUCGCAUCUAAAGGCAAUAUUUAGAGUUUCAGUGGGUAGUCAUGACAGAAUAGGACACCAAAUGAAGGUUGUAGAUGGCCUGCACAUUCCUUCAGCUAUUGCGGUUGAUUGGGUCUACAAGAAUAUUUAUUGGGCAGAUGUUGGUUUGAAGACUAUCUCCGUGUCCAAUUUCAAUGGUUCUAAGGAAAAGGUCUUAUUCAGCACAGAUGUGAAGGAUCCAUCAUCCAUAGCUGUUGAUCCAAUAUCUGGAUUUAUCUACUGGUCAGACUGGGGUGAAGCUGCCAAGAUUGAGAAGGCUGGAAUGAAUGGAAUAAACAGACAGUCACUGGUUACAACUGAUAUUCAACGCCCAAGUGGAAUAGUUUUGGAUUUGGUGAAAAGCCGUCUCUAUUGGCUUGAUCUGAAGCUGCACCAACUGUGUAGUGUGGAUCUAAAUGGCCAGGACCGCCGGAUCAUCUUGAAAUCCCAACAAUUUCUGGCUUAUCCUCUUGCCCUUACAAUUUUUGAGGAUCGCGUGUACUGGAUUGAUGGUGAAAAUGAAGCAAUUUAUGGUGCCAACAAGUACACAGGAGAAGGGAUUGAAACUUUGCUCAACAAUUUAAACGAUCCUCAAGACAUUAUAGUCUACCAUGAACUUGUACAGCCUAAAGGAAAAAAUUGGUGUAAUGGACUACAAGAAAAUGGAGGCUGUGAGCAUCUGUGUUUACCUGCUCCACAGAUAACUGAUCGCUCACCCAGAUAUACUUGCACAUGCCCUGUUGGCUCAGACCUUUAUGAUGGCAGGAACUGCAGAAAAGGUAGCAAAGCUGAGGAACCCACUGUUGCCAUUACUGUUGCCAUUACAGGAUUACAUCCUGAAAAAGCACUUCCAGGGGAAGGUAAUAGUAGUACUUCAGUACUUGAAGCAAAUCUUGCUGCCAAAGGUUCAUCUGCAGCAUGGGCUAUUAUUCCACUCUUAUUACUAGUGAUGGUUGCCACAGGAGCUUACUUAAUGUGGCGGAACUGGCAGAGGAAAAGCAUGAAAAGCAUGAAUUUUGAUAAUCCGGUCUACUUGAAAACCACAGAAGAGGACCUCACAAUAGAUAUUGGAAGACACGGUGCCAGUGUGGGGCACACUUACCCAGCAAUAUCUGUUGUAAAUACAGAAGAUGAUCUCUCAUGAGCAAAACUCUAUAUGGUUGGCAUUCACCAUCCUCCUUCAGUCUACACUGCUUCAACUGGAUUUUUCUUCCGUUCUGGAUGGUAACCAGACCAGAAGCUGAACAAAUCCUAACCCCCGUGUAAAGAAUUUUGUACAUGUCAAGCCUUUUAUGAAUGGACAUUGAAAUGGAAGCCUAUUGUAUAUAUUUCAUAAUAUGCUUGUUCAGCUCUUGAUGUGGUUACCAUGUAUUUAUAGUCCUCCCCCCGAACCUUUUAGUUGGUUUUUUUUUUUCUGUUGUCAGUAUUAGCAAUUUCUCACACUCCCACUGACCCAAGUACUGUAAAAAGCACUUUCCAUAAGAAGCCAUACCCCAGCAAGGAAACAUUGUGCUAUAUAUAGUGAAUUCACAUGUACAUACUUGUAUAGGCAGUUGUACAUAUCUUUACGAGAACACAAUCACUAUUCUGAAGCACUUUGAAGUUUUUUGAUUUGUAAAUAUGUUUCUGUAAACAUUUUUGGGUUUUGUUAUUUUGAAAUGGUUGGGGCGAUGGCAAUAGACUAAACAAAACGGGUUAUUAUCAAAUUGCCAAAUUUCUUAACCUUAAAUUUUGUAUGUGUGGAUGCAGCUGUAAAUCUGUCUCGACUGACCUUUUUUUCUAGAGGUAUGCAGAGGGUGAAUUCCCUGUCAAUGAACCACUGGAGAUACUUUUCAAAAAUUAAAGAAUGAAUUUAC